AUGGUUUCGAAGUCGGUGCGAAUGAAGAUAUCGCAAUGGGUGGAAGAUUGGACUGAGCCGAGCAAGGCAGUGAUGAGCUUAGCAGUCACACUGUGCCUCAUCGGGCUUAUUGCUCUGCUGCUGUGGAGGUGUUUGGGAUGGCUGAUAUCGUUGCUGGUGGCUCGCUUCUGUCACUGUCGCUCGGUGCGCUUGGGGAAGUGCGGCUUCUUCUAUGUGCAACAGAUCAAGCUCUCGCUGCUCAGCGGUAUCGUUAUCGAAAUCGAUGAUUUGCGUCUGACAAGCAGCUUCUUCAGCACACACUAUUCGUGA